AUGCCAGCGAAAAUAUAUUUGUCCAGGAAGCAUCCUAAUGUUGAUGACAAACAAAUUACACAGAUUGAUGACGUCGAUUCAUAUUCUGCGCCCACACCUACAUUCGUCGCUCUUACAUCUACCACCGCUACACCUAUACCUACUCCAACUCCAAUAGAAGCUUUAAAUAACAACAUGUCGGAUUUAAAUUUAGAAGUUCCGUCAGAAUUAACACAAUCUGCAAUAACAUCAUUUAAAACAACAACAUUGUCAUCCAAAAUACCAAUUCACUCAUCUAGAAUAUCCUCUUCUUCUUCUGAAUCCUCGAAAUCAUCAUCUUCAGUCUAA